AUGCGUAAUGACGGCAAUACAGCAUGGACCACAGGGAUUGAACCAAGUGACGGGGUAAAAGGAGGGGGAAAAAACAUGGGAUGUGGAACAUCCAGAAGCUCCACCACCUACGUCGACUCCAUCCGCAAGUCUAAAAAAGGUUCUAUGGCACCAGCAGGAACAGCUUUCAAAUCUGCAGUCCUAAUCCAGCGCUGGUACCGUCGCUAUGUGGCCCAAAUGGAAGUGAGAAGGAGAUGCACUUGGAGUAUCUUUCAGUCAAUAGAAUACACUGGGGAGCAGGACCAGAACAAGCUUUAUGACUUCUUCAACUUUCUCAUGGAUCACUUCACCCCGGACAACAGCAAGCAAAGGGAUUUCAUCUGCCGUAUGUUCACUGAGGAGGAACAUUUCAAAGACACUGAGCUGGAGAAAUACUGUGACUAUGAAUCUAUUGAGGUACCAAAGGCUUACACAGGUCCCCGUCUAACAUUCCCAUUAAAGCCUAGUUGUGCAGCAGCCUUAGUAGAAGCCUUCAAACAGAAGCAACAGCUCCACGCGCAUUAUGUGUUACAUCUGUUACAUGAGACAAAGAAGCACCUCAAACAGCUGCCAAAUAUAAAACAGAUUACAAGCAGUUACAGCAAAGAGAUCACCGUAUGUGGGGACUUGCACGGCCGACUGGAUGAUUUGUUCUUGAUAUUUUACAAGAAUGGUCUCCCAUCACCAGAGAAGCCUUACGUAUUCAAUGGGGACUUUGUAGACAGAGGGAAGCAGUCCAUUGAGAUCCUGAUGAUCCUCUUUGCAUUCUUACUGGUUUAUCCUAAGGUCGUUCAUUUGAACAGGGGAAACCAUGAAGACUAUAUGGUCAACUUAAGGUAUGGAUUCACAAAAGAAGUGAUGAAAAAAUAUAAGGUUCAUGGAAAGAAAAUCCUGAAAAUGUUACAAAGUGUUUUCAGUUGGCUCCCAUUAGCAACUGUGAUUGAUCGAAAAAUCUUAAUUAUACACGGAGGAGUAUCUGAUUCUACAGACUUAGAGCUACUGUCUAAGAUCGAACGGCAUAAGUUUGCAUCUACUUUGCGGCCUCGAAAAAAGAAAGACAAGGCCAACAAGACAGAAGAAAAGCUUGCUCAGGAAAAAUGUACAAAUGGUGAAAACACUGUGUAUGUAGUGACAACAUGGCCGCAACCAAGAAGUGGUUCAUUCUCACACAGUGCCAGCCCAAGCCUCUUGCCCAACUAUAAGGGAAAACGGUCUGCCAGUAGUCCUACUACUAUGACCAUUGACAGGAAGGAGAUAUCCAAACGUGUACGAAAAUCUGUGGACAAAGAGCUACUGAAAUGUCGCAGACAAGUAGGUUUUACUGAGACGUAUACAGAAGCAGACAGUCCAGUUUCUCAGUCGGAGUCUGAAUCGGAGCCAGGAGAAAUACAGGAAUACGACAUUGAUAAUGAAGAGAGAAAACAGAUUGUAGAUAUCCUAUGGAGCGAUCCCAUGGCCCAAGAAGGCUGCAAAUCGAACACUGUUCGUGGAGGCGGAUGUUACUUUGGCCCUGAUGUGACAGAAAAAAUCCUACAAAAACAUGGGUUACAAAUGCUAAUCCGUUCUCAUGAGUGUAAGCAAGAAGGAUAUGAGUUUUGCCACAAUGGAAAGGUACUGACAAUAUUCUCUGCAUCAAACUAUUAUGAAAUUGGCAGUAAUAAAGGGGCCUAUGUAAAACUGGGGCCUGACCUAGUCCCACAUUUUGUGCAAUACCAAGCAAACAAAACCACAAACACUCUGACCAUGAGGCAAAGAAUAAGUACAGUGGAAGAAUCUGCCCUGAGAGCCCUAAGGGAAAAACUAUUUGCUCAUAAAUCAGAUCUAAUUAAUGAAUUCAAACAAUGUGACAAGAAUCGUACAGGAUACAUUACGUUAAAUGACUGGGCGACUGCAUUAGAGUCUAUCUUGAAUUUAGGACUGCCAUGGCGAAUGCUUAGGCCACAACUUGUCCGCAAUGCUACAGAUGGAGUGCUGAGAUACAGGGAAUGGUUUGAUGAACUCGCUGUGUGCCAGCCAAUCCGAGAGAAUUUACAUUCAAGUUUGCUGGAAGCGCUCUAUAGAAACAGAUCAGACUUGGAAACCAUAUUUCGGAUAAUCGAUAGUGACAGCUCUGGGCUCAUUUCCUUUGAGGAGUUUCAACACACUUGGAAACUACUAAGCUCCCACCUAAAUAUAGAAGUGAGUGACGAGGCCAUCUGUAACAUGGCUAGAAGCAUCGACUUUAAUAAAGAUGGCAACAUAGACAUCAAUGAGUUCCUGGAAGCCUUCCGAUUAGUUGACAGACCCCAUAUUGAAGACAAAGAAUUGGAUAUGUAAUGUCAGUUUUUCAACAUUGGGAGCAGAUAAAGGCUCAUACACAGAUGGACAUAGUUAUACAGACUAUUCUUUCAUUCUAAAUUAGGUCAACUCAGUGGCACUUCUGCAGGGUGUUUCCAGUUAUGAAUCCUCUGCGACUGGUUCCAAGAUUUUCAGCAUUGUAUGUAAUCAGGAAUUCAACACCGCAUGGAUCCCUUUUGAAAGAUGGUAUAACAGCCUAAUAUCAUGUGUCCGCAUAUUUGUGCUUCAGCUUAAUAUGUAAAUAUACAAACUACACCAUGUACACAAAUACUGUAUAUUAAUAUAGGCUAUACAUACAUAUAUGAAUAGAAAAAGGAGUAUUCUUCCAUUUGUUGGAUAGAGAUGCAUUUUUGACAGCGAAUCAGGAUUCUGAAUCACACAAGAACAUGAAUAUGUACAGAAUCAUCUUCAAAUUGAACAAUCUCAUAUUAUGAAAAACAACUAUCUUUGACAAGAAAGAAAGAAAGAAAGAAACCUAGUGACUGAAGGACAAACUCUCACACAAAAAGGUUUUUUAAACUUAAAUAUAAUGUCCACAUAUCCAGUACUAGAAAAAAAAGUAAUUUGUAUUCAUAAUUGUUUUGUAUUUUUAAUGUGCUUUAUUGCAUUUGAUGAACAAA